GAGCUAUCGAAGACACCGUCGCAGGAAUCGUUAAAAAGUGGUGACUCCCAAGCGAGUACAGUGAAUAGUACGGAAGUUGUGGAUGAACAACAUGAUAAAAAGCCAACAUCCACAACAGUUACGGCGUCGUCGUAUCCAACCAAGGAUAUGGCUAAUCUGAGGCGUAGAUCACAGAUUUCUCGAAGCACUCGUCGCGGUACCGGUCCGAUCUCGUUUGAAGAGGUGCAGUCAGCAUUGGAUGCGAUCUCAACUCCUCCGAAGGAUCAGUCACAACAACAAGUCACCGAGGGUGUGAGCAGUCUAAAUGCACCAUCCACAUCCUACACGAACACAUCUACAACAGCUGCAUCCACUCUGGCAUCAGCCAAAAAUCAGUCAUCAUCGGUACCUUCAAGCGCAUCGACUGCGAAUAGUAACGCGAUCACACGGGUAAUGAUCACGGAACGUGAUAAAUCUUUGCAACCGUCGCAGUCGGCGGUGAGCCAUGCGAAUACGGUGACGCCUUCAUCUCAACAACCUCACGGUGUUACCCCACCGGUACCUCCGAGGUCCUCGUUGAGCUCAGCCUCUAAGCAGCCAUCAGAUCUAGUCACGGUCACUAGUCGUGAUGGUACACCGGCCUCUGCAAAGAUUGAUUCGAUAGAUUAUAAGGAAUUGUAUGAGAAGGAGAGGCAAGAAACGGAACGGUUAAGGAAAAUGCUGGAGGAGUUGCAAGAGGUGUGU